AUGGUUUUUGACGUUAGUGCAACAAUGACGCCGUAUUUUACUUCCGGGGAAGUUGUGAAGGGCUUUGGACGUGGCUCGAAGGAUCUGGGCAUUCCGACGGCAAAUUUUCCUGAUACCGUUGUGGACGGACUGCCGGAGAAUUUUGGAACGGGAGUUUACUACGGUUGGGCACAAGUUGGCGGAAGUGAUGUUCACAAAAUGGUGAUGUCAAUCGGAUGGAAUCCGUAUUAUAAAAACACCAAAAAGUCGAUGGAAACUCACGUAAUUCAUCAGUUCAAAGAAGAUUUUUAUGGAUCUAUCCUGAAAGUUGUGAUCACUGGCUUUAUACGUGGAGAACGGGAUUUUAAAUCCUUAGGUUAUCAAGGCGUGAUCAUUUUCGAUCCGCCAAGUGUUCCCGAGUGGAAUUGCUUCUGCGGAGAUGGAACCGGAAUCAUCGUCAACCCGGAGCAAGAAGAAAUCGAACUCGACUUCGACGAGAACGAGUCGCUCAAGUGGUGUCGCAACUCAGAGUCAGACUGCCGAAUUGAAGAAUUUAAUCGAUCGCUUGAAGCAAUUAACGGGAGAUACUCUGGAAAUUCUCGCCUUCCAACUAUACAAGUUUUGGUAAGCUGGGACAUCGUUGGCCUUGUUUAUGAAUGCCUAGACUUGCUGCGAUUGUCCCGGAAUGUUUCCGAUGGCGUCGCAAGCUGGCUGCAUCAAUUGAUCGUUGAACUGGGACCAAGAGAUCAUCAGUUUUCCGCGAAAGCGAAGAAAUCCGGAGUGAAAUUGUCAUGCUUGGUACUGAAGAAUGUAAUCUUCGAAUCGAAAAACUUCGUGCCUAUUUUGAAGACGUUCAAGUUGUACAGCCGCGCAGUUGGUACUUGUCGCAAUGUGCUGAGCAGGGAGCAGGCAGUUACUUUACUCGCGCAAGUCCUUACGUCGGACGGAAAGCGGCCACCGCUUCACAUAACCCUGACACUGGAGACUUUGUCCAACAUGUGCAAGCAAAAAGCGUUGUGCCAAGAAGCUGUCAAGUGCGGGGUUGCUUCCACUGCCGUGAAGAUAUUGCGCUCUUGGCAGUUCGUGGAAUUACAGGAACAAAUCAAGCUGUGCCGCUCCGCGUUGUCCGUUCUUAAUCGUCUCGCAUCCUCAGGCAUUGGGGCUACACCGAUAAAAAGAGCAGGUGGCUUGGAUGUCGUAGAGAAGUUCCUUGACACGUGUCCUGCUGAGCCUCCGGUUUAUGACCCGUUGCUAUCGAAAGCAGCGGAAUUGUACCAUUACCUGGCAACAAAGAAACCUUUGCCGAUUCAGUCUCUUCGAGGUCCUUUUAAAUUUGCGGAUAAGCAAGCUGUUUUGUCGUACAUUGAGGAUGAUUCCAGAUCUAGUGACACAGCGCGUGUGGAGGAAUCUUCCUCCGGUUCGGAACUGGAUCCUGCUUCGGAAGGAAUUGAAACUACUACCCGCAGUGGAUCCAACCGUCAGCCAUGCUUUCUAUUGGUUUCCUCGAGCACUUUUCAAAGAAAUAGUCCCGAGAUCAUGGGGUUUUCGGAUUUCUUCGGAGAGAUGAGCAUCAAGGACUUGCGGUUGGUCGAACCUUUGGCCGCACCGUGGGGUUCCGAUGUGAUUUCAACGAAGAAGCAGAUGAUCCUCAAGUUCAGAGAAAAAGCAGGAUAUACGGUAGACCUUGGAGAAAUCAAUCUGAAAUCUGAGAGGACCCCAGUGAAGCUUUCAUCUGCCUCGACGCAUCUGCAUUUCACAAAAGACGGAAAGGUGACGCCGAUUCUCACUCAUGCUCCUCAGCGGAAAGCGUCGAUUGAGUUGACUGAAAAACCUCCCGCGGAGAGCGUUCCCAUAAACGGGGUCCUUACUGCAGAAAGAUACGGAGAAGAGGCAUCGAAAGUUCGCAGCGUUGUGCCGUUUGUAAAAUUCGCAUUCCCGGAUUUUUGUUCGGACGUUCCGUGUUCGAGGCCUUUGGAGCGACUGUACGAUAAAGAUCGGACUGUUUGCAGGGAGAAGCUCGUUACCGUGGUCAAACGGAUGUCGGGUGAAAUGUGGAAGCCGCAGGUCGUUUAUGAUUUGGAUACGCUGGCGAAAAAGGAAUUCAAGGAUUUCGACCCUGAGGAUUUGACGCCGAUUCGAGAACGUCAAUUGUCGAAUGACGACCUGUCGGUUAUUACAAAACUGAACGCCUCAAAAGUUGUUCCGGACAAAAAUUCUUUGCUUCAGUUUGAAUCCCGGUUUGAAUGCGGUAAUCUCAGACGAGCCAUCCAAGUUGGACCGCGGGAAUAUGACCUGUUCGUGAGUCCUGAUCUGGGAACAAGUGACCACCAUAUGUGGUUUUAUUUCCAAGUUUCUGGGAUGCUGCCGAAUGUGUCGUACACGUUCAACAUUGCGAGCUGCAAAAAAUCCAACUGUCAAUUCAAUUUUGGAAUGAAGCCCGUCUUGUUUUCUGUCGCCGAGCACGUCGCUGGAACGAAAUCUGGCAGCGGAUACGUUUGGGAACGAGUAGGUACGAACAUCUGCUACUUCACAAACCAGUACGCGGAUACAGGAAAGAAAAACAGCGGCGACUCCGUAUCCGGUUUCAGGUCGGCGUCUUUCACAGUUACCUUCAAGCACGCCAACGACAUCUGCUACAUUGCUUAUCACUAUCCUUACACGUACACUGCCUUGAGAUGCCAUCUAGAAAUGUGGAAAGAGAAGGCGAGUCAGAGUCCUGGUGUAUAUAUCUCGCGCCAGAUUUUAUGCAAAUCCGAAGCAGGGAAUCCUGUGCCUUUGCUCACCAUCACCGAUUUGGAGAAAAGUGAUAAGCGGCAGUAUUGCGUUUUAACUGCCAGGGUGCAUCCAAGCGAAGCGAAUUCCAGUUGGCUGAUGAAAGGUGUUGUGGACUACUUGCUCAGUGACACUCCCGUUGCAAAGGCUCUGAGGAAGGGCUACGUUUUCAAAAUCAUCCCCAUGCUCAAUAUUGAUGGAGUAGUUAAUGGAAAUGGAAGAUGUUCGCUUUAUGGCGAAGAUUUGAAUCGGCGCUGGAAAUCGCCGGACCCUACUCUUCAUCCAUCGAUUUAUGCUGCGAAGGGUCUGCUGGCGUACCUGACUCAUCAAACAACAAUGCCUCCGUUCCUUUUCUGUGAUUAUCACGGACACGCACGUUACAAGAAUAUAUUCAUUUAUGGCUGCAGUCCGACGCUGUCUUGGAAUAAAUCCGACGUGAAUACCAUGGCACGUGAUUCGCUGGAAUACCAGGGAUUUCCUCUGGCCAUGCAACACUUGUGCCCGUCCUUCUCCUUGGAAAAGUGUGAUUUUACUGUGGCUCGUGAUCGAGAAGCUACAGCUCGUGUCACCGUUUGGCGUGAAUUCAACAUUCCUCGUUCGUACACAUUGGAGUCCACGUAUUGCGGCUGUGCGGAAGGUCCUUACAGGGGUUACCACAUCGGGAUCAGGGAGCUGAAAGAGUCUGGUGCGAAGUUUUGCGAGGCAAUUUACUGCUUGGACGACAAGGGAAAACCUCGGCUGCAUUUGCGGCCGGGCGUCGACCGCCGAUUGCCGGCCAUCCAGCAGGAGAACGGACCUGAAUGCGUCUGGGAAGAACUGGCGUCUCCAAUCGACAUCGGAAGCUCUUCGUCUUCGGCAUCGUCUGAUUCAGAAAGUUCAGAAGCGGAAGAUGGGGCCUAACUUCUAACUCGACAAACUGCUCAUUUCAUCGCACCGUUGUGAAACUCAAAUUUGUGCUUAUUUCAACUCUUCCUAAGUAUUUCUUAAAUUUGCGGUUUCACUUGACAAAAAAACAACCACCUAAUUGGAUGUGGUGAACCCUGUGUUCAUAAUUGCUGAUCGCUUUUGGCAUUGAUUCAUAAUUACCGUUUUUGAAUUUUAAUCCGGAGUAGAAUAAAACGGGUUUCGCAAUGGUGGUGGUUUAUUUUUUAUCGUGCA